UACGAGAUGGCGGAAAUUCCUUCUACCGCAUUCGUUGUUAUGAAAAAUGGAAAUAGGCCUUGGACCUAAUCAUACCAUUCCAUUACAUUAUAUUGACAAUUUCAAAAAACUGGUCAUACUAUGAUCAUAGUAUGAUGGCAGUCAGACAAGUAUGCCCCCAUUGUCUUGUGGUUCAAGACAUCUCUCUUUCAAGGAGGCAGCAGGGAUUCGACUUCCCAUGGGGGUAGGGUACUACGAAAGGAAGUUGAUCAUGGAUUACCAAUAAGCCUAAACUGGAUUCUUCCCGGGUCGAUGCCCGAGCGAUUAAUGGGGACAGACUGUAAAUUCAUUGGCAAUAUGUCUACGCUGGUUCAAAUCCAGCUCGGCCCAAAAAUUUGGCAAUCUACCAUGAGAUGGUAUAACCCCUAGCCCUUCAUAAAUACCUAAUAUAGAGGAAUAAAAAAGAAUCUAAUUUUCGGAUAUAUCCCUUAUUUACUUGGGAUUGUAUUUCAAUUGGUCAAAGCACUGCCCUGUCAAGGUGUAAGCUGCGGGUUCAAGCCUCGUCAAUCCUGACGGAUCCAAUCAAUCAAUACAUCAAUUUAACUCCCUCUUUUUUAUGAAAGCUGGUAUAAAGGACAGCCAAAUUUCAUUCCCAAAGG